AUGUUAAAGGAGUACUCUUCUCUUCUCAGAAUUCAUAUCAAAGAGGAGGUUCCGUUUAAGAGUGGUGCAUAUGGUCUCCCUUUGAAGUUCUUGGCAGACAUAGCUGAUUACUAUGCUGAUAAUGGAAGUUGGGUGAUUUUUAAUAGACUACUAGUUGUGAUGGUGUAUGGAGCUGUAUUAUUUCCCGAUGUGGAGAAUUUGAUUGGUCUAGCUGCUAUUUGCAUCUUUAUAGGAAGGAACCAAGUUCCCACUAUUAUCGUUGAUACUUAUUAUGUUAUUCACUCCAAACAUGGAAAGAGAGGAGCAGUGGUUUGUUGUCUACUUUUGCUUUACAAAUGGCUCUUGAUUCAUCUUCAUGUAACAGGACCAUUCGUAGAAACACGAGGUACUUUGAAAUGGUCCAAAAGGGUGAUGGCUUUAACUUCUUUUGAUAUAAAAUGGGCUAAUGUUAUGCAUGUUACUGAGAUGAUCACUAGUUGUGGGGAGUUCUCCAACGUUCCUCUCAUGGGGACGAAAGGGUGUAUCAAUUAUAAUCCUGUAUUAGCUAUCCGUCAGUUGGGAUUUCCUUUGAGAGAUGAGCCCAAAGCUCGAGAGAUAGAAGCUUCAGUUUACUUUGCUAAGAAGGAGAAACCCGAGUUGUUGGAAAGACUGAAGACAUCUUGGCGAAAAUCCAUAAGAAGGUUGCAAGCGGAAAACUACCAAACUCAAGCUAAGAAAGAUGAGAUGGGGAUGCAACUCUACCAGGUUGAUCAAGAUAAGAGACAACUGAUGCACAAGCUUAAAGAGGCGAGAAGAAGUGUUCCUACAAAGAGGCAAAGACCAGAAAAUUCAAGAGCAGCUGAACACAUAAACUAA